UUGGAUCAUGAUUCUGCCUUUGAGAUGAAGACCAUGCAGUCGUCCAUCUUCUUCCUGCUGCUUCUGGGUGUGUCCCUGGGUUUGGCUGCUCCACCUGAGCUCAGUGAAGUGAAGCUGGUGCAGGGGACCUGCCCCAUGUCCUGGUUCAACUUCAACGGUCGCUGUUACAAGUAUGUCUCCACUCGUACGACCUGGGCUGACGCAGAGAUCCACUGUGUGUCUCAGAGCGCCAACCUGGUGUCCAUCCACAACCUGGAAGAACACAACUUUGUGAAGAGUUUAAUCCAGAAUUUUGAUCACACUCUGGGACGAACUUGGAUUGGACUCAGUGACAUCUACAAAGAAAAAAGAUGGAUCUGGACUGAUGGUUGUCCAGUGGUGUACACGAAGUGGAAUGCCGGGGAACCAAACAGUAAGGGAGGAAAUGAAGACUGUGUGGAAAUUUGUAAUGGUAAUGAAAAAAAUUGGAAUGAUGAGGGUUGCUCACGUAACUCUCCCUCUGUCUGUGCCUCACGUAAACCUGACUGUUAGAAAUGAUGCCACAGCUACAAACCAACACCUGGACAUGGACUUUAUCUUCUGAUUUGAUGAUAAGGUUCUACAUUCUGAAUAAGUUUUGUUUUGUGUAAAUACCAAACUGAUUCUAAUGUAUGUAAACUGUAAUAACUAAACACUGAUCAAACAAUGACUCUGUGAUUACAAAACAAAACGUUAAAUCAAAUCUUAAACAUUUAUAUGCAGGUUAUUUUAUAUUUUUUGUGUAGACAGUUUAUAGUUUUGUCAUUGACUUGAUCUGUGAAUAAAAAACUGGAGUCUGCUGCCACUUCGUCUUGUUUCACUGUAAA